AUGUUUAAUCUCAUCCCUCUCUCUCUCUCUCUCUCUCUCUCUCUCUCUGUCUCUCUCUCUCUCUCUCUAUCGCUCUCUCUCUCUCAUAAAUUUAUUCUUUUCUUAUUUUCUCUCUCUUUCUCUCUCUCAGUUGUCCCUGUAUCUUUCUCUUUUUCUUCUUUCUUAAUCUCUAAUUAUCUCUCUCUCUCUCCUCCUGUUUUCUUUCUUUCUCCCCUUCACUGUCUCUCUAACACACCCUUUGUUGUUUUCUCUCUGUAUCGCCUUAUCUAUUUUUUCCAAACUUUUCUCUUACUCUCUCCUUCUUCUAAUCUAGUCUUCACCAUUCUCUCUCUCUCUCUAUCUCCCUCUCUUCUAUCUAGCUAUCGUAAUUUAACCUAUCUCCCUCUAAUAUCUAUCUAUCUAUCUAUUUAUCUAUCUAUCUAUCUAUCUAUCUAUCCUAAUUUAAUCCAUCUUCUUUCUCUCUUUCUCAAUCUCUCUCUCUCACCUUAUACUUCAUACUCUUGUCCUCCUAUCAUCAUCUCUCUCUACCACCUUAUUUCAUCUUUUUCCGUCUUUCUUCUCUUCCUCUCUCUCUCUCUCUCUAUCUCUCUUUCUCUCUCUCCUAAUACCACCCUUUUCCUUCAUACUAUCUUCCUCUAA